AUUUGUGUCUUUGGUUCAAUGAGAACAUAUUCAUUGGUCUUUAGGACUUCAGUCAUCCUUUAGGGUCAGUUGUUUUAUAAUGGGAACAUAUAUGUUGUGAAGUACUUGCUGCACGUAGGACAUAUUUUUGUUGCAACACACAGCUAUCAUGGAGGCGGAACGAAUUUUACAAUAUCUGACCCAAGUUGAAGAGGCAGCAGAGGAUGUUCUUGCAAACAAACAACAGAUCGUGGAUCUGGACACGAAGCGGAAUAUGAACAGGGAAGCGUUGAAUGCUCUGAAACAGGAGAUGGCAUCGGAAGAAAAAGUGAAGGUUUGCUUUGGAAACAUGUUCAUCACAUUCCCCAAAGCGAAGACUAAAGAGAUGAUACAGAGAGACCAGCAGCAGCUAGACAAUGAGAUCAACAACCUUCGCCAAGCCCUUAAAGACAAACUGAACCGACUCAAUGAACUGCAAGGUAAAAUCAUUACGUAACGGAACGCGAGCUGACAGGAUAUACCUGUUCCUCUUUCCAAUGUCGAGGUGAAGGCCAUCAACCACCUGAUGAAGAGAUGAGGUUAGGGUUUUAGAUGGGAUCUGACCCAAUGUCGAGGUGAAGGCCAUCAACCACCUGAUGAAGAGAUGAGGUUAGGAUUUUAGAUGGGGUCUGACCCAAUGGCGGCUGGUGGUAAUUUAUAUUGGAGGCUCUGGAACAGAAUUACUGGAACAGUAUCAAACACAUGGUUUCAGAAGGAACAACAUAUCCUAAACCCAACAUGGACCCUCAACAGUGGGAGACUAAGAUAGAAAUGUUUUAGUCAAAUAUUAUAAUAAAUAUAUAUAAACGCAACA